AACUCGUCACAUCACAGCAAAAACUCACAUAGCAAAGUUAGUUAGAGGAUUCCAACUUGCCUCCUCCAUUGUAAACUUUCCUGUUACCCGUCAUUGGCUUUCCUUUCCGUUGGGCCCUUUAUAACAGCAUUCUCCCGGACAGCACCAACAGCUACUUGGAUUAAAGUUAACUGAACUUCACCGGGCCAUCGUUCUCCUUCCUUACAUUCGUUUCGUCUUUUUUUUUUUCUUUUGUUCCAUAUCUUGUCUUAUCUCUGUCCCAAUGGCUGCUGCAGCUCUUCGUCCAUCUCCCAAAAAAGUGGAAAAGCCGCGCACUAAGCAAAUUACCCCGCCAUCAUCCUUAAAAGAAUUCAUCAUUGCUCAUGAAAUCGAUAUUCCUGGGGCUAUUCUGUUAUGUGCGUUAGUAGGAUCAGCAGCUGGCUCACCAGUCGCACGCAAGAUGGUUCAAUUGUCAUACGAAACACAACCUGGAUCGAAUUUAUAUGAUAAAGGAAUGGACGACGCGUAUCUUGUUGCCUUUUGGGUGUUGGCCUUCACGUUUCUGCGUGCGUUCAUUAUGAAGUAUGUAUUUACACCAUUUGCAAAAGCUUAUGGUGCCGACAAUCCAGCGAAACAACUGCGAUUUGCAGAGCAAGGAUGGACAUUCACGUACUCGUCUACUUUCUGGUCCCUUGGCAUGUACAUUAUGUAUCGUAGUCCACACUGGUUCAACCCCGCACAAUUUUGGAUUGACUAUCCUCAUAUCUUGAUCAAUGGAAGAAUGAAGUGGUAUUAUCUGGUGCAGCUAGGCUUUUGGAUUCAGCAAGUCUAUGUGCUGAAUAUCGAGAAGCGUCGCAAGGACCAUUACGCCAUGUUCACCCACCACAUCAUCACCAUCAUCUUGAUUACAUCCAGUUACUGCGUUAAUUUUACACGUAUUGGUAAUGCGGUUUUAUGCUGUAUGGAUCUUGCUGAUAUCCUUCUCUCAUUGGCCAAAAUCCUCAAUUACCUAAAUCUUCGAACCAUUUGCGAUAUUACAUUCGGUCUUUUCGCUCUUGGUUGGCUGGUGACGAGGCACGGCUUUUUUACCAUGAUUAUAUGGUCAACUGCAUUUGAUCCUCACAAGUACAUGGACAUGAAGUGGGAACCUGAGAAUGGAAAAUAUUUUACACCCUUUACACAAAAGAUAUACCUGGGACUAUUUUUAUUGCUCAAUAUGAUCAUGCUGUUCUGGUUCGCCAUGAUCUUAAAAGUCAUUGUCAAGGUUCUGACGGGCGAUAGUGCGACUGACACGCGUAGUGACUCUGAAGACAGCGACGAUGAAGAUAAGCGAAAAUAGUGGAGAUCCUUCUUUAGAAUUUCAAUCUUAUUUUACAAAAAAGAGAAAAACAUGUACAAUAACAACACCUGGUUUUAUUGGCCUUUUUAUACAUAUUUUUGCCU